AUGGCAGACCCUCUUACACUAGUCUUUGCCAUAUUCUCGAUCGUAUCGAGCACGACAGCUUUUUCGACGACCCUCUAUGACACUUCAAGGAGGGUCAGAGACUACGAGCCGGAGCUGAAAAAGCAGCUAGAUGAUAUUUCAGUCCUUGUCGCUGUCCUUCAGGAAUGCGGCGCUUUAUUCUCGUCCGAUAUACGGAUACCAGAGGCUGCAGAGGGGGCCAUGGACACGUGCGUCAGCCGGCACCAUGAUCUCGUCGCUGUGAUGCAUCAGAUUGAGGUUUACCGUUCCCGACGACCGUCAUGGGCUUCAAAAUUCCUCCAGAGUGCGCGAAUCAUUACUCGGGAGAAGGAGCGCAAGGCGGCAUUUGAUGCGUUCCGGGACUCAGUACUGCUGUUGCGAGAUCUCGCCUCUGAAGUGAGAUUGAACCAGCAGCUUGUGGAUAUGAGUGCUAGCCUUGCGCAAAUAAUGUCUGAAUAUUGCGACGAAGAACCUGGGGAGGAUGAAAUAGACCGCGAGGAUAAACCUCGGGUGCUCACGCAUCACCAUAGUAGAGACACCGAGGGAUCACAGCAUCGCCCGCAAAGUGUCACAAGCCACUCAAAUCCAAGGCGUGGACGUAAAGCGGCUUUGCAGGAAUUCUCCAACCUAGUGAAGUCAAAAUUCACGCGCGAUAUUAGGCUCGUCAUUCAAACAACUGUGGAACAGACCCCGUGGCAGUUCAAGUACGUACCAGCUCGAGCAAAGCUGGACACCGGCUGUGAAGAGAAUUUAGUAUCACUGGAGCUCCUCAAAGCAAAUAAUCUCCAUGAAAGCUUUUUGCGACCCAUACCAGAGGGAGAUGAAAUCCUGCUAGAUGGGCUGGAAAGCACUUAUAUCCCUAAAUUCGAGAUUCAGCUCGAAUGGUACAAAGGGCAGGAGCUGAAAAAAAGGUGCUCCAAGUUCUACGUUGUGGACGACCCGCCAUUUGAGAUUCUCAUCGGAAUGAAAAGAUUUGGUGACGAAUUCACCAGCGACUACCGGAUGCCAAACCCCAUUUUGACCCUAGCUAGCCGGAGCAAGACAAAAGGUAUCUCCCCAUCACCGAUCGUUGACUCAUUGUUUCAAGCAAGAUACUCAUUCAAAAUAGAUGAGAUCGCUCUGGCACACGCAAACCGCGAGAAAGCAAGGCAGGAAGCAAAGAAACUUGAAAUGAUUGAACUAGCGGAAUUCGCUCGGGAAAGUGUGAAUCGGCCAGGGAAUCCUGAUGGGAACCAAGAUGGUCAAGAUGGAGCGACAGCUCAAGCGGAACAGUCUAGUACAAAUAGCGAGACCACGAGUGGCUCAGCAGAAAAAGCUGACAGCUCAGAGACAAGAAAUCAAUGA